AUGGCUCCCCCACGUGCCAAGGCCGGAGCCUCGCGCUCGGUCAGAUCCUCCAACCCUCCUACGCGUCGCGGCUAUACGUCACUACAGAAUCCACCGGUCGAACAUUCAACGUCAGAGAGCAGUUGGAGACACAAUGAUGCCUUGGACACCCCUUCGAGUGGAAAUGAAUCCUCUGAGCAGGCCUACAUUAAACUUCGACCUUUGAGACAUGACAGAGCCCCAGAUGCACAGCCCUCGAGCUCGAAAACAAAUGACCAGAGCUCCGUUCCCAUCGAUGUCCCCCACGACGAGCGUGACGUUUCUAAACGCAUAAAAGAGCUUCUCGACGCCGAACGAGCCGCGUUGUCACAUUCAUUCGCUACCGAUUUGGAGGAAGGACAUUCGGACAGAGACUCUCUGGUUCUCAGUGAUCGAUACAGUGAUGACUAUGGCAUUCCACCUGACAAGGGCUUGCUGUUGAAAGGCAGAAAGAGCGAAGAUGAGGAGAAAGGCUUUGACUGGAGGGCAAUGUUCCGUCUGCAUUCUUGGUGGAAUGUGGCUGGCAUGUUGACAAUCGCCAUACUGGUAGUAUGGUUUUCGAUCAGGGGUCUACCCUGGUCAUCUUCCGGAGCUACCGCAGGUGAAUUUCAAACGGUCCCCUGGUACCCUACUCCCCUCGGUGGAACAAGCGAACAAUGGAAGGAAAGUUAUGUCAAGGCUCAAGAGAUCGUCAGAGAGAUGACCCUCGCCGAAAAGGUGAACAUCACCACUGGAACAGGUUGGCAAAUGGGACUCUGUGUUGGCAAUACGGCACCUGCGGAACUCGUCAAAUUUCCUUCCCUUUGCCUACAAGAUGGCCCGCUUGGGCUUAGAUUCGCACAGAACAUUACAGCCUUUCCCGCAGGGAUCACCACGGGCACGACAUGGAACCGCGAGCUUAUGCAAAUGCGGGGAUUUGCUAUAGGCAAUGAAGCGCGGCUGAAAGGCGUGAACAUCAUCCUCGGUCCAUCUAUGGGACCACUCGGUAUGGUGCCUGCCGGUGGUCGUAAUUGGGAAGCAUUUGGUUCAGAUCCAGUUUUGCAAGGCGUGGCUGCGGCAGAGACUAUUCGCGGUAUCCAGCAGAACGGGGUCAUGGCCACAGCCAAACACUUUAUUGGAAAUGAACAGGAACACUUCCGGCAGACAUCAGAAUGGGGUACCCCAACUGCACUGUCGUCGAAUAUUGGUGAUCGCGCAUUGCACGAGGUCUUUGCCUGGCCCUUCGCUGAGAGUGUACGUGCCGACGUAGCUAGCGUCAUGUGCUCCUACCAAAUGGUCAACAACACCUAUGCUUGCGAGAAUAGUAAGAUUAUCAAUGGAAUUUUGAAAGACGAGCUCGGGUUCCAAGGGUUCGUGCAGUCAGACUGGCUGGCCCAGCGUUCAGGCGUUCACAGCGCCAUUGCGGGCCUGGAUAUGAGCAUGCCCGGUGAUGGCAUGAAGUGGGCCGACGGUGUCCCACUCUGGGGGAGUGAAUUGACCCGGGCAGCAUUGAACACAUCUGUUCCUAUGGAGCGCCUGAAUGAUAUGGUCACCCGCAUCGUGGCCGCCUGGUACCAUUUCGGACAGGACUCAUGGGAAAUCCCUGCACCUGAGGGCGACGGCGGACCCAACUUCUCGUCCUGGACGAAGGAGCGAAUUGGACGUUUACACGAGGGCUCACCGGAUAAUGAUGCAACCGGUGUGGUCAACAAAUUUGUCGACGCACAAGGAACAGGCGAGCACGCUCAUUCUAUUGUUGCUCGCCAGAUCGCUGCAGAAGGCACCGUGCUUCUGAAAAAUAUGAACGAUACCCUUCCACUCUCGCGGGAGAUGUCCACAACGAAUGGCAAAUACACGGUUGGUGUAUAUGGCGAAGACGCUGGCCCCGGCCGAGGACCAAACGUUUGUGCUGAUCGAGGAUGUAAUCAAGGAACCUUGGCAUCUGGCUGGGGUAGUGGAGCGGUAGACUUUCCAUACUUGGUCAGUCCAUGGGAAGCACUGCAGCAUGCAUGGCCAAAAGACUUGGUCGAUGUUAAAGCUUACUUGACGAACAAUGUCGCGCCCCAAGACCUCACCGAGCAGGAUCUCUGUUUGGUCUUUGUGAACGCAGAUGGCGGCGAGGGUUUUAUUCGCAGUGAUGGCAUUGAUGCAGACCGGAGUGACCUGUUUCUACAAAAGAACGGCACUGCAUUAGUGGAGGGUGUAUCGACGCACUGCGGCGGCGGUCAAGGUAAAACUGUUGUCAUUGUACACUCCAUUGGCCCCGUUGUGAUGGAGUCUUGGAUUGACCUUCCUGGUGUACACGCUGUACUGUAUGCCAACCUCCCAGGGCAAGAAAGCGGGAAUGCAUUGGUGGAUGUUCUAUUUGGAGAUGUCGACGCCAGCGGACGACUACCAUACACGAUUGGACGAAGCCUAGAAGGCUAUGGUCCAGGGGCACAAGUCCUGUAUGAGCAUUCGGACCCAUCCGUUCCACAGGUCGACCUCGGCCAGGGCCUAUAUAUUGAUUACCGUUAUUUCGACAAGUUCAACAUCACUCCCCGGUUCGAGUUUGGCUUCGGUCUUUCAUACACAACCUUCGACUACACUGCUCUUAGCAUUGAAAAACUGCAGAAGAAAUCUCAAUGGCCCUCAAAACGGCCUACAAAUGCAGUUGAACCCCCCACAUACGACAACCAACAGAGCAACCCCACCAGCAAUCUAUUCCCUCCGGGUUUCCGUGCACUCCGCAAAUACAUCUAUCCCUACCUCGCAACUCUGGAAGGAACAGAACCUGGUCCAUAUUCAUACCCGGAAGGAUAUGACAAACCCCAAAACCCAUCAGCUGCAGGUGGCGGACCAGGCGGGAAUCCAUCCCUCUACGAGCCCAUCCUCGAGCUCACCGUCGAAGUGACAAAUACCGGCACACGCACAGGCCAGGAUGUGAUCCAGGUGUACGUUUCCUUCCCUGAUAAUGUUGCCGAGCACCGUGGAAUGGGCUGGUCCCGUGAGUCAAUUGAGUUCCCGGAACGUGUCCUGCGGAAUUUUUCCAAAGUCCUCCUGCAGCCAGGUGAGACUAAAAAUGUUAAGAUGAAGUUGACUCGAAAGGACCUCAGCUAUUGGAGUGUUCGCGCACAGAACUGGGUGUUGCCUAUAGAAGGCAAAUUCCGUAUUUGGGCAGGGCGGAGUUCUAGGAAUUUACCUCUUGUGGUCGAGUUUUAA